UGGCUUCAGGUAACAAAAUGAUCGUUGAAACACGCGGAUUAUACGUUCAAAGGGAGAGACCAUGUUUAAAGAUGUUGUUUACUGGCCUGUGCCUUGGACUUACAGGAUUUCUGGUUCUAUGGGCUUACGUGGGAAGUAAAGAAGAGAAACGUCCUCCAACCAGCUUUUUGUCACAACACUUUGCAAAACUUUACAAUUCCAGAAACUUCUCCACCUCUCCUGCAGAUGUUCAGCUAGAAAUCAGUUCAGAAGACUCAGAGUCAAGUUCAAGUUCAUUUUACUCUGAAUUUGGAAUCAGUUCAGAAAGUUACUCCAGUUUACAGCAGACUCUUUACUGGGCUGGACCAGACAGAUCAAUCACAAAUGUGUCUAUGAGUACAAGUCCAGAUCACUCCACUUUCAUCUUUCAGAACCUGAAAGACAGCUACCAAAUAGGGGAGGAGCUUUUUGUUACUAUCCAUGCCAGGGACUUUAAUAAUGAAUCUAAACGUUAUGGAGGGGAUUUCUUUCAAGCAAAGCUUUUCUCAUCCAAAAGUCCCAAAAAGGCCAGUGUGUUUGGGGAGGUGAUGGAUUUACUCAACGGUUCCUACUCUGUGCAUUUUCUUCUGCCGUGGGUUGGAGAGGCACAGGUGGCUGUGCGUCUGAUCCACUCCAGUGAAGCCGUGCAGGUCCUCAAGCAUCACAGAGCCACUGAUUCUGACAGAGUUUUCUUUAAUGGAUAUUUUGAAGGACCAGGACCAAAUGGGACCAGGCUGACAGAAACAGUGAAGUGUAAUGUGAAGUGGGACAAGAAUGGACUGGAGAGGAUGGGGACUGGAGAUUGUUGCUGUGAUUACAAAGAUUCUCACAGUGGAGAAGAAUGGCGCUGUCAGAGACCCAAAUCCUUGCCAUGCAGUGCUCGCGUAUAUCACUCUAUGGGCGGGUAUAACAAAUGUCUGACUGCGAAAGAAGCAAUGUUUAUCACCCGUCCUUUUACUACCCAAACAACAACACAGUGUUUAAAAGACAAACACAUCUACAUGAUGGGAGACUCGACCAUGAGACAGUGGUUUGAGUUCUUGCUGAAAAGGGUACCAACCUUGAAGCAGAUGAACCUGCAUGUUGAAUAUCAUGCAGGGCCUCUUAUAGCAGUGGAUGUGGAUAACAACAUUGACUUACACUGGAGGUCUCAUGGGCUUCCUCUGCGCUCUCGGAAAACUGAAGUUUCUAAUCUGCACUACGUCAGUAAUGAGAUUGAUGAACUGACUGGAGGAUCUCACACAGUUAUUGUCUUUAAUCUGGGACCACACUUCACAACAUUUCCUCUGGAUUUCUUCACCCACAGAGUGUUGAGGAUCCGCAAAGCAGUGCUAGAUUUGUUACAACGGGCACCAGACACUACCGUUAUAAUCAAGACCGUAAACACCGGCUAUAAGGAUGUGUUCGGCAGUGACUGGUUUUCUUUGCAGUUAGACAGAAUCCUACGGUGGGCUUUUCAGGAUGUCAGUGUUUAUAUUUUGGAUGUUUGGCAAAUGACAGCCUGUCACUACAACAAAGAGAACAUUCAUCCAGCUCCUGUCAUCAUAAAAAAUGAAAUAGACAUAUUUCUUUCUUUUAUUUGCCCUGAAUGAUUUUGUCAGGAGGUAAAAGCAACAUAUUUUUUUUCAUUUAGAUUCAAUUUGUAAAACAUGGUAAUAUACUAUAGGGUUUUUUUACAAUAUAAGAAAUCAUGGCAGAAACUGCUGAGGGUUGGCAAAUAAAUUAUGUACUGUAGAACAAAAUCUGACACAAAGGAACUAAAAAAGCGUUUCUUUUCAUUAGUUGCACACUUGCUCAUUGCUGUUACUUUACAGGUUAAUUUAUAUAACUCAAUAUGUACAUCACAUAACAAC